AUGUCGCGCCAGAAUGGUCAAAUCAGCUACGACAUCAACCUCCCUUACACAGAGUUGACAAAAGAGACGAGCCGAACCACAAAGUAUGCCGAGUAUUUACCAACUUGGGAUAAAAUGUGGUUUGAUCCCCUUCCCCCCUUUGAGUAUAACGAUCCCGCUCUUCGUGUGAAGGAUAAAUCGUUGCCCAAUCUGCUUGGGACCGACACCAAGGCCUCUGAUAUCCAGCCGUCGCUCGGCACUAUUCUAGAGGGCGUGCAGCUUAACAAGCUUUCUGAUGCUGCGAAGGAUGAGUUGGCAUAUCUUGUUUCUCAGCGCAAGGUGGUUGCCUUACCGGACCAGGAUCUAAUUGAUGAUGGUCCUGGUGCCCAGGAAAAUUUCAUGCGAUAUUUUGGUAAACUCAACUACCAGCCUGUCUCAGGAACGGUCAAGGACCAUCCAKGGUUCCACAUCAUCCACCGUGAUGGAAAUAAGAAUGAGAUAGCUCAAUUCCUUGAGCGGAGGACCACCACAACCCUCUGGCAUCAGGAUGUUAGCUAUGAGAUUCAGCCGCCGGGAUACGUGAUGCUGGGACUGCUCGAGGGCCCGAAGGUGGGAGGAGACACCGUCUUUGCUAGUACGGAUGCUGCUUACAAGCGACUAUCCCCUACGUUCCGUGCUCUGAUCGACAAUCUUCAGGCUGUUCAUUCGUCCAGCAAAAUGAUCAACCAUGCCCGCGCUGCAGGAGGUUUGGUACGAAAGGAUCCCGUUGACACUGUCCACCCACUAGUCCGAGUUCACCCUGUUACUGGAGAAAAAUGCAUUUUCAUGAAUGGAGAGUUCAUUACAAGGGUAGUUGGCUUGAAAGACUCCGAGGCAAAGCUAUUGCUGGAGUUUUUGCUGCAGCACAUCACGACCGGCCAUGAUUUCCAGGCUCGUGUCCGCUGGAGCCCCAGAACGAUUGUAAUGUUCGACAAUCGCUCAACAAUUCAUUCUGCGAUUGUUGAUUAUAUUGAUGAAGAAUAUGGUGCCAAGCCACGACAUAUUUUCCGACUAUGUGCAAUGACCGAAAAGCCCAUCCCAGCAAAGGGGCUGGAUGAGCAGAGACUCUGA